CACCAGUCCCGCUUCCUCUCCAACCCCCCCACCACCACCCCCGCCAUUGCCGAGCCACCCGAACCGGCGGCCAUGUCGAGGUUCUGGAGACCGGGGGCGGAGAAGCCGAGCGCAUCGCUCGUCGACGACGAGGAGGGCGGCGUCCUCUUCCUCCCCACCAACACCAACGCUUCCUCCUCCUCCUCCGGGUUUGGGUACGCGUCCUUGGAGAGGCUGAGGCAGCGGCUGCCGGUGUACAAGUACCGCAAGGCCAUCCUAUACCUGGUGGAGCGGCAUGCCACGACCAUCAUCGUCGGCGAGACGGGUAGCGGCAAGUCCACGCAGAUCCCUCAGUAUCUUAAGGAGGCUGGUUGGGCCGAGGGUGGUCGACUUAUAGGUUGCACCCAGCCAAGACGAUUGGCUGUGCAGAUGAGAGCAUGCACCAGAUUAUUCUUUUGGACGGUUGCAUCAAGAGUAGCCGAAGAAGUUGGUGUGAAACUUGGAGAAGAAGUAGGAUAUACUAUAAGAUUUGAGGAUGAAACAAACCCCGGCAUGACCAUGAUCAAAUUUCUCACAGAUGGAGUACUGAUUAGAGAAAUGAUGGAAGAUCCUCUUUUAAGCAAAUAUAGUGUCAUUAUGAUAGAUGAAGCUCAUGAAAGAUCCAUUUCAACCGACAUAUUGCUGGGACUCUUGAAAAAGAUUCAACGCCGCCGGCCGGAGUUGCGCCUAAUCAUUUCCUCUGCAACAAUUGAAGCAAGAUCAAUGUCAACCUUUUUCAGCAAUAGGUGGAAGAAUUCAUUGCUCAAGCCUGCUGAUGGUUUGCCGAAUCCAGAACCUGCUAUACUUUCUGUUGAAGGUAGAGGAUAUACAGUAGAAACUCAUUAUCUGGAAGAACCUGUCUCAGACUACUUACAGGCUGCUGUGAAUACCGUUCUUAUUAUUCACGAAAAGGAACCACCAGGGGAUAUUUUGGUGUUUCUAACUGGCCAGGAUGACAUAGAUGCUGCUCUUAAGUUGCUAAAUGAUGAAAUUCAACAUCUGGGAAAACACUAUUUUGAUUUGGUGAUUUUGCCCUUGUACUCCGGCCUUCCGCGGGGAGACCAAGAUCUCAUUUUUGCUCCUACUUCGAAAGGGAAAAGAAAAGUUGUGAUAUCAACAAACAUUGCCGAGACAUCAUUGACUCUGGAGGGUGUGGUGUACGUUGUUGAUAGUGGAUUUUCCAAGCAGAAGUGCUAUAACCCGAUUUCUGACCUUGAGAGUCUGGUUGUCGCACCAAUAUCGAAAGCUUCUGCAAGGCAACGAGCAGGCAGAGCUGGAAGGGUGCGACCUGGGAAAUGCUUUAGGCUUUACACAGAGGAAUAUUACCUAAAUGAAAUGCAGUCAGAUGGCAUUCCAGAAAUGCAAAGGUCUAACCUUGUUUCCUGCAUAAUACAGUUGAAAGCGCUAGGCAUAGACAACAUCUUGGGGUUUGAUUGGCCAGCUUCUCCAUCACCAGAGGCAAUGAUUCGAGCUCUCGAAAUUCUAUUUUCACUAGGAAUCCUUGAUGAAGAUGCCAAACUAACAGUUCCCAUUGGUUUCCAAGUUGCUGAGAUGCCUCUGGACCCCAUGAUCUCAAAAAUGAUCUUGUCAGCAAAUGAUUUUGGAUGCUCUGAUGAGAUACUGACGAUAGCAGCAUUUCUAUCUGUUCAGUCUGUGUGGGUCUCUAUGCGGGGAGUGAAGAAGGAAUUUGAUGAGGUCAAACUUCGAUUUGCUGCUGCUGAGGUUUGCAGGAUCACCUUGCUGCCUCGUAUCUUUGGUUACACGGGAACCCUGAUGUUACUUUGCUGUUUUUUUACUAAUACUUGGCUAUUAAUAUUUGAAAACUAGACCAACCGGGACUAGGCAUUGUAUUAUUAUUUUUAAUUAAGGGGAGACAACCGUGAGGCACUCCCCUGCAGAGCACAUGGCUCAAACGUGGGUGGUGGGCUGGGUGCGCAGCCUUGCACGCGCCUCUAGCAAACUGGUCGACGCCCAGUUCUCUACUCAACCGUUAAUAUUGACACUCAUUUUGGUGCU